UCUACAAAGUUUUGAAGUUGGACGUUGCUUUGAUUUCUUCACGUUCAAGUAUGGCGGAAAGAUGGGAAUAUAAUUGUCCCAAGUAUGUCGAUUUCAGUAACCUUGAGCAAGAGGACGGGAACCCAGAAGCAUAUUUUGAUGAGCACCAAGACACCCCUACAACAACAACAACAACAACAACAACCACCACCACCACCACCAAGCCUUUGCAAUGUAAGAUUUCUGCUGGAGAUAAAAAACCACUGCGUCCAUUUAUAGCAGCAAGCAACAUUGGCAGAGUUCCCAUGGCAUUGCCAUCCACCUCAAAGACUGUUCCCAAAGUCAUGCCUGAUGCUGCAUGCAGCUCAUCAGCAACGGAAUGUGCCAGGAAGCCACUUGGACUGCGCAAUGGCGAUCGUGCUGUUGGAAAACAAAUUCCAAAGCACAUGAAAGUGUCAAAUAGUAUUCCACCCUACAAAGCUCAAAGCAUCGUGAAGAAGUACAUAAAUGGAACACUUACAUUCAAGCCACUGGCCAGGCAGCAGUCACCAACUCUUGCAGAGUUCAUCUAUAACUACCACACAAGAUCGCCAGAGCGAUGCAAGAACAGGAAACAGUUCCAGACACAUGGAAAGCAGGCAACACGAAAGCUAACGGCCCCCAAAACGCCAGUGCUGCGCACAAUGCAGAGGUCGCAGCUACGUGCUGCUGCAAAGAAAAGGGGAAGCUGCACCACCCAACGUAGUCAACAGUAGUAGCAAAUGGGAUUGAAGAGGUGGCCAUAUUCAUAGUAACAAGGUGCACUACGCUGCUGCCAGACCAAAUGAAGAAUUGCCAACGUGCUGCAGAAUGCACCUUCUUAUGCUUCAUCCUUUUUAACUGACUGCUUUUAGCUUCGUGCUUUUAACUGAAUGCUAACUGCUUUGAACUGACAAGGCAAAUAAAAGAUUAUCACUAUA